AUGAUAGGGAGGAGUUGGAAUGUUCUCUCCAUACCUCAUGCUUUUGUGUCUAGGAUUCUUAAAGCAAGGUGGAGUGUGGGAGAUGGUAGAAAUAUUAAUGUUAUGCAAGAGCCGUGGUUAUGGGGCAGCAGUGAAGGUUGCAUGGGUGGACAUCAACAACAAGGAGUGUAUGCUAUUACGGUACUGAUGUUGGAGGAUGUAAAAGAUGAUUCGAUGAUUUGGAAGGAAGAACAAGAUGGUGUUUAUAGUGUGAAAUCAAGGUACAGAAUCUGGCGUGAUAAAUUUAGGCGACAGAAAAGUGGUACUGCAGGGGAGGAUUGGUGUUGUCUUUGGAAUAUAAUUGCUCCACCUAGAGUUAAGCGUCUUUUAUGGAGGAUUUGUAAGGGAUACCUUCCUACUCGUGCGCGUCUCCGACAACACUAUGUCAUGUGCCCGUUAAUUUGUCAGUUUUGUGAUCUAAGGACGAAUGGCAUCUUUUUAUGGGCUGCAAUUAUUUUUGUUGGAGAUCUUCAGGUUUGUCUAAUCUUAUAG